AUGUCAUCGGAACAACAGAAGCAACAAAAGCCAAAAAAGGAUACGGAUUUGUUACAUACUCGCACAGGUGGUGCAUAUAUCCCACCUGCUAAACUAAAAAUGAUGCAAGAGCAGAUCAGUGAUAAGAACAGUGAAGUGUAUCAAAGACUGGAUUGGGAACGCUUGAAGAAGCGGAUUCAUGGGCAGGUGAACAAAGCGAAUGCCAGUAAUUUAAUUAAUGUCAUACGAGAUUUGUUGCGUGAAAACGUCAUUCGAGGAAGAGGUUUGUUAGCACGAUCAAUAAUCCAAGCACAGUCAUAUUCUCCAACAUUUUCCAACGUAUAUGCAGCAGUAGUUGCUAUUAUUAACAGUCAUUUUCCAAAUAUUGGAAUGCUGAUCAUUCAUCGAUUGCUGAUACAAUUUAAGCGGUGUUAUAAACGAAACGACAAAACUUCUACCGUCACGAUAUCUAAAUUUAUUGCUCAUCUUAUCAACCAGCAAGUGAUUCACGAAAUCCUUGCAUUGGAAAUGAUGAUAUUGAUGCUUGAAAACCCAACUGAUGAUUCCGUAGAGGUCACGGUAGCAUUUUUGAAAGAAUGUGGUGCUAAACUAUCAGAAAUUUCGCCUCGUGGCUUGAAUGCAAUUUUUGAUCGGUUACGAAGUAUUCUAAGUGAUUCGGAUAUAGAUAAAAGAAUUCAGUAUAUGAUCGAAGUUAUUUUUCACAUUCGGAAGGAUAAGUUCCAGGCUUAUCCAGCAGUGGUCGAUGAAUUAGACUUGAUAGAAGAAGAUGAUCAGAUAACGCAUACUAUUACGCUGGAGGAUCCACUUAUGCCAGAAAAUGAAUUAAACGUAUUUAAAUAUGAUCCUGAAUUUGAAAAACAUGAAGCAGAAUACGAAGAAAUUCGACGUGAUGCAAUUGGUUUCACAGAGGAAGAUUCAGAUGAAGAGGAAGAAAGCGAAGAGACACCAGAUGAAGAGACAGUAGAAGGUCAGCAAGGAGAAAAACAAAAUACGAUGAUUAUCGACAACACAGAACAGAAUUUAGUAGCAUUUCGGCGCAACAUUUACUUAACAAUUCAGUCUUCGCUCGAUUUUCAGGAAGCAGCUCAUAAAUUACUUAAAAUUGAUUUGAAAAGUGGUCAAGAUGUGGAACUUUGCAAUAUGAUCGUGGAUUGCUGUGCUCAACAAAGAACUUACGAAAAGUUUUAUGGUUUACUAGCGGAACGAUUUUGUCGGCUUCGCAAGGAAUUUCAAGAAGCAUUCGAGCGAAUUGCUCGUGACACUUACAAUACGAUACAUCGAUUUGAAUACAACAAAUUGCGCAAUAUGGCCUGUUUAGUGGCUCAUCUUCUUUCAACCGAUGCCAUUUCAUGGAAUAUCUUGGACCAGAUAUCAUUGAAUGAGGAGGACACCACUUCUUCCGGACGAAUAUACAUUAAAAUAGUAUUCCAAGAACUUGCUGAAUUUUUAGGCGUAGAAAAUCUAUUGCAGAGAAUUCGCGACCCGACAAUGCAGUCUUCCUUCGACAAAAUUUUCCCUCGUGACAAUCCGAAUAAUACACGCUUCUCGAUCAAUUUCUUUACCACGAUAGGUCUCGGAUAUCUCACAGUCGAUCUGAGACUGCAUUUGAACCAAACUCGAAAAAAAGUCAAAGUUAAAGAAGAAAUUUCGUCAUCUUCAGAAAGUUCAUCGAGCGACUCAGAUUCGGAUGAAAGCAGUAGUGACUUGACCUCCAGCACAUCUUCAUCAGAGACCGAUGACAGUGAGAAAUCGAAACAUACCGCGAAAUUAUCGCAAACAAAGGAAGAGAUGAAAAAGACACCGAAAACUAUCCAGAAAAAAAAUCAUCCCUCGAAGAAUACUAGUCGGAAGAAUGAAAGCGGUCGGGAAGAUGGAUCUUAUGAUAUGGUAAGCGAACUAAGGAGUGAAAGACGUGGAACUGACAGAGAAAAAAUGAAAAAACAAGGUUAUGACAAGGAAAGUGAUAGAAGAAGGAGAAGCAAGUAUGAAGUGGACGAAGAAAAUGGAAAGAAGCACAAAACAUUUACCGUGGGAAAAGAAAACAACGAGGAACAACGGAAUGAAACAAGAAAGCAUGACAGAAAUAGACGGAGAGAAAAUGAAAUAGAGGAACGAAAAUAUGAUGAGAAAGAGAAGAGACGAAGAAGAGAUUCAAGUGAUUUGGAAAAUCGAGGUAAAGGUACAGAUAAUGAGAAAUCAAGUCAAGGUGAUCGCGAAAGUAAAGCUAAUAGAAGGAAACGAGAGCAUGAACAUGAAAGUAAACGUCGAAGAUAUGAUUGA